CCUCUGAGAAACCUCCCCUGUUGCAUGCCCUUCUGCUUUAGGCUCACCUUUCAGAGGAGCGGUGGGGUUUCUCCGGCACAGACUCACGAUAAUUCUGGUCGGAAACUCCUAAAAAUGGGGUCCUCUGACGAUCAGAAUUCGCCAUCGGAUACCCCACCAUCUGACUCUUCAUCAUCAUCGCCAACUCCUCCAUCUUCGUCGUCCUCAUCCUCAUCACCGUCUCCACCAUCAUCGAAUUCAGGUUCAGGUGGAGGUUCAGGUUCGAGUGGAGGUUCACCGCCCUCAUCAUCAUCACCGCCUCCAAGCGACUCAUCCUCCUCAAACAACUCAAACGGCGGCUCGUCAUCUUCAGGAAACUCAAACAGCUCAUCCCCGCCUUCCAACAACAACUCCGACAAGUCCUCCGGCGGCAAUGCACUAAGAGGAGGA